GUAUGCAUGGAACCGAACGAACAUGUUAGACGAGGUAUAUCUUCCAUCGCGGACGAGUCUUCGGGAUCAGACGAGAGGACCGCGCGCCCGACCGAGGCUUGAUUCCGAUUCAUCGAAGAUGCCAGUGAGCAUGCCGAUCGUCUCGCCAUUGUUGCUGUUAGUGUUGGCGCCGAUCCUGUCGCCGACACACGGAAAACCCGUUGAACAAUCAUGUGUGGUCGACGGUGUCUCGGGUGUGUGCAAGCAAAUAGAAGACUGCCCGAAAGUUUAUAAUGAAUUGUUGGCCGGCAUAACUCCCUCUGUGAUCUGUGAAUUUGUUGGUUUCGACCCGAUAAUAUGUUGCCCGACAACAAACCAGAUAACUAAACCCAAGCCAACGCCGGCGCCGACACUGCAACCGCACACUGACGUACCACCAAAUAAUACAGAGCGUUGUAUAUUGGAUGGAUCAAGGAGAUCUUUAGCGCGAUCAAAAUGCGCGGAAAGCGCGGAGGCUGUCUACGGUUUCCAGCUACCACCCACGCCGACAUUGGAUCGGAAACCCAUCAACAUGUCGCUAUGCGCCCUGACAACGCGCAAACUGAUUGUCGGUGGCAAGAAAGCCGAAGCGAAAGAAUUUCCGCACAUGGCGGCCGUUGGUUACGACAGUCCCAAUGGAAUUCUGUGGAAUUGCGGCGGCACUUUAAUUUCCAAGAAGAUCGUCUUAACAGCGGCCCACUGCACUUGGACAGCGGACUGGGGAAACGCGAACUGGGUACGGCUGGGCGAUCUGAAUCUCGCUCAAUCGAAUGACAACGCGAUGCCGCAGACUAUCGCAGUUGCGGAAAGAAUAAGGCAUCCCGAAUACGAACGCCCAUCGGAAUACCACGACAUAGCUAUACUGCGUCUAGCGAAGGAAGCUAUCUAUGAUGCGUAUGUCAGACCGGCGUGUCUUCCGACUGAGUGGCCUGACGUGGGUCAGAAUGAGAAGGCAGUUGCCACUGGAUGGGGUGUAGUCGACUGGGGUGACGACAAAGGUUCGGACAAUCUGUUGAAAGUAACACUCAGAUUGGUCUCUCAUGAUUAUUGUAACGAGAGUUUCUCCGACGGCGCAAGUUCCUUGGAGCUCGCAUCAGGGAUCAUCAACGAAUGGCAAAUAUGCGCGGGGGAGAGAGGGAAAGACACAUGUCAGGGUGACAGCGGAGGACCACUCGCUAUCUUUAACACGGUCCACGACUGCAUGUACACUGUGAUCGGAGUCACCAGUCUCGGACGAUUUUGCGGCAGCAUCGCACCUGGCGUGUACACCCGUGUCUACCAUUACGUCCCGUGGAUAGAAAGAACCGCGUGGCCGGAAUGCUUUUAACAUACAUGUUAUUGUUACUCAUUUAAUUUAAUGCAUCCUUUAAUGUAUCCAUUUUCUUAAGUGUUAAAUACAUUCCUUUUUAUACGACGUCACACAGUUAA